AUGAACGCGACUGUCUCGGCUGUCGCAUGGUUCCGGAUUCCAGAUAUCCCAGCUCUUUUAGAGCUUUCGACGGAGCCAAGUCCGCUGGGGAAGGGGACCAUCAACAGCCACCCCGCGACGUCAUCGGAGAAAGCUGGUCGCCGUGACCAGGCCGACUUGUCUUUACCCCCCUUCUCCAAGGUUUAG